AUUAAAAUACAAUUUAUUAGUACUAUUAGAAAAACAGAAAAUAGAAAUUAGGAAAUAGUACUAGAUUUUUGAUUUCUCUUUCUCUUCGCUCUCUCUCUCUCUGCCCUCUUCCGGUUCACUUUCUCUCUGCAACCGUUGGUCGCCGCCUCCUCCGGUCGCCCGUGGCCACGGCCUCACCGCAUCGGACAUCUCCGUCAAGCGCUGCGAUUUGCAAGCGCCAAGCAGGCAGCACAACAACAGUGCGCCGCCCAACCCUCGCCGGCUCGCCCCGCCCCGUCUCCUUCGAUUGACAACUGCAGUGCGACCGCGCAGCGCCAGAUCUUUGUCAAUGGCGAACAAGUCCAGACCUAGUACCUUGUCCGUUUACCUUUACGUCCCAAACAUAAUCGGUUAUGUAAGAAUUCUAAUGAAUUGCUAUGCUUUUGCGAUAUGCUUUAAGGACAAGUAUCUUUUCUCCCUUUUGUAUUUUGUUAGCUUUGUAUGUGAUGCAUUGGAUGGAUGGUUUGCACGCAAAUUGAAUCAAGUUUCAACAUUUGGUGCAGUUCUUGACAUGGUUACAGACAGGAUAAGCACAGCUUGUCUGCUGGUUGUUCUCUCCCAAGUUUAUAGGCCUGGGUUGAUUUUCUUGUCAUUGCUUGCUCUAGACAUUGCCAGUCAUUGGUUGCAAAUGUAUAGUACCUUCUUGGUGGGCAAGAGUAGUCAUAAGGAUGUUAAAGAUAGCAGCAGCUGGCUUUUCAAGCUUUACUACAGGAAUCGGAAGUUUAUGGGUUAUUGUUGUGUUUCUUGUGAGGUGCUUUAUAUUAUAUUGUUUCUUUUGGCAAAUAAUCCGACUGAGAACCUUAUUGAAGUUUUAUUAAAUGUUUCUACGCGAAACUGGCUGUACCUGACUUUACUUCCUUUGAGUCUUGUUGGAUGGGCAAUCAAACAACUAAUUAACAUUAUACAGAUGAAGACAGCUUCAGAUGCAUGUAUACUUUAUGACAUCGCUAAGAAGCAGUAGGAGGGAUGACCAACCUUGCUUUGUUUCCUGCAAACAUCAAAUUUCAUUUUGGUUUGACUGGUGCAACAUAUUUAUGGAUGGAUUGGCAUUCAGGAUUCCAACAUGCGUCUUGAAUCAGGAGUUGAUUACGUGCUUGUCAAUGAAUUCAAACGAGAUAACGUGUACACAUUCGGAGGAUCAUGUUUUACAUCUCUUCCCCUACGUACUCUUGUUUGAAAAUCACCAUGUUGGUUCCCGUUGUAGAAAUGUAAAAAAUGGCUUGGCCGUCUGAUUUCCGAUUAAAAUGAAGUGGAGAAUCAUUCUUC